GACUGGUUUCCUGCACACAAGCUGUGUUUAUUCUCUAUAGGAAAAUGGUUAGUCGGUGAGUAACUCCUUUUGUACAUUUUCCUUAGCUUCGCAUUACUUUUUCCCCCAUACAAGAAUAUAGUGAGUUGGUGAGUAAACUACUUCGUUCCACUUUGCAUAACUUUGACAGGAGUAUGUAAGUCGAGUAACUGUCUCCUUGUGCAAACUUUGCAAAGCUUUUAGAUCAAAGCAUUUUUCUCACUACCUUUUUGCUGCAUGUUAGUGUAAAGCAGUUUAACAUAUUUUUCUGGUCUCAGAUUGUAUUUUUUGUUUUGAUGAACAAGUCAAACUUAAUUUAGGCAAGAAUAAUGAGGUAUGUAAUUGUGUUUUUAAGUCGGGGCUGAAAAGAUUUGUUAGAUCAGAAGCCUAUGAUUUCAUGUGAAUAGAUGUUUCUAUUUGAUGGAGUAACUUUGUUUGAUUUUCAGAAUUGAGCAUCCGGCUGGUGGCUACAAGAAAAUCUUUGAGACAUGUGAAGAGUUGAACGAGCCUAUUCCUGCUGUGGUUGUAGGUAUGUGAGGAACGGGUCUGUUAGACUCCACUACCCUUUGGUUUACAAGCGAGGAGAUUUGGGGUUUUAUGAUGGUUAAGAGCGGAGUGAGCACAACAUGGUAACAUGGGUCAUUUCAUGCUGUUUUCAGGUGUGAUCCCAGAAUGGCUGAGCGGCAGUCUGUUGCGCCUGGGACCCGGCCUGUUCGAGGUGGGGGCUGAGCCUUUCUACCAUCUCUUUGAUGGCCAGGCCCUCAUGCACAAGUUUGACCUAAAGAACGGCCAUGUGACCUACUAUCGGAAGUAAGCCCCUCUGUGUGUUGAUGUUGACUUCACUGAUGUGUAACACGUUUACAACCGUGAGGUAGUAAAAUAUAUAUUUCAUGAGGGCAUACAAUAAUUUUACACUUCACACUAGUAGUAGUUGUGCAGUUUUGUGAAACGUUCCCCUCAGCCCAUAAAUUUGACUGGAAUGUUUUGAGGAACCUCAGUGAGGACUGUUUCUCAUUAAAACAGUGAAUACCAAAACACAGUGACCUGCUGCUCUCAAAAGCUUCGGAAAGAGCUGAAACAGAAGUGGGCCUAUCAAUUCCCAAUCUGUAUGUUCCAAGCUACAUGUUUAAAGGAUAUUGGUUGUAAUUGGUUUUAACUACUGUUUCUCUGAAGAUUUGUCAAAACAGAUGCCUAUGUGCGAGCCAUGACAGAGAAAAGAGUGGUCAUCACUGAGUUUGGAACAGCAGCCUACCCAGACCCUUGCAAAAAUAUAUUCUCAAGGUGAUUUGUUAUCAUUUUAUGAUAAUCAAGUUAAAAAACACUCCUCAUGGGUCAUGACUUAGUUAUUAGACGCAACAUACAAAUUGUCCAUUAUUGUCUUUGUAGGUUUUUCACCUAUUUCAAAGGGAUUGAGGUGACAGAUAAUUGCUUAGUGAACGUGUACCCUGUUGGUGAGGAUUUCUAUGCCUGCACAGAAACCAACUACAUCACCAAAGUGGACCCAGACACACUGGAGACUCUGAAAAGGGUAUGUGCUGCUCCCACUGGCUGACAUCAGAUCGAUUGAACAUAAGAACUAUCGUCUCACAUAAACUCUUUCUCCAGGUGGACCUGUGUGACUACCUCUCGGUCAAUGGGGUGACAGCUCAUCCACACAUUGAAAGUGACGGAACGGUGUACAACAUUGGGAACUGUUUUGGGAAGAACAUGUCACUGGCCUACAACAUUGUCAAAAUUCCUCCCACACCGAAAGGUUUGUUCUGUGUACAGCAUUGAAAUUAUUUUCUGGAAGUGAAAUUUCCCUAAAUCAAAUGGCUGUCUGAUUUGUAAUUCUUGUUUUCAGACAAGUCAGAUCCCAUUGCAAAGUCCAAGGUUCUUGUGCAGCUCCCCAGCAGUGAGAGAUUCAAGCCCUCUUAUAUUCACAGGUUAGUGACAUUUCUGAUUGUCAGGGCCCAGUUUUCAAAAGUUAUCUGGAUUUCGCCUACCGGAUAGGAUUAAAUACAUUGAAAAGGAAUGAAUAGAACAGACAAAUCAUUGACUUGAAUGGGGACUCCGCGUUCUAUUCAUUCUAUUUCUAUGCAUUUAAUCCUAUCCGACACAACGAAAUCCAGAUAACUUUUGAAAAACUGGGCCCCUGGAGUUCACAUUCUUGCUUGUAACAUUCUUUCACAUUAAAUGUAUUUCAAUAAUUUUUCUGCGGCCUCCAUCAGCUUUGGAAUGACAGAAAACUACUUUGUCUUCGUUGAGACUCCAGUGAAGAUAAACCUUCUAAAAUUCUUGACCGCUUGGAGCAUCUGGGGCACAAAUUACAUGGAUUGCUUUGAGUCAAACGAAACCAUGGGCGUAAGUAAAGGAACACCUAGACCACUAUUAUCAAACUGUAUACAAGGCCUGUUAGCAUUUCAAUGUGGAUUAUUGAUAUAUUGAUACUAAAUUAAUCUCUAAUGUCUUCAUCACUAGCUAACGGUAUACUUUUUCAUCUAGACAUGGUUCCAUCUGGCUACAAAGGACCCAGCUGAAUACAUAGAGCAUAAAUUCCGGACUUCUGCCUUCAAUCUCUUCCAUCACAUCAACAGCUAUGAGGACGAUGGCUUCAUAGUUGUUGACCUUUGUACUUGGAAAGGGUGAAUACUGACCGGUUGUUGUAAUGACUUGAGAAUAACAUAUGUACAAGACACUUAUCCAGUCCCUCUUUCUCUUGUUCGGCUUUAGUCAUGAGUUUGUCUACAACUACCUAUAUCUGGCCAACCUGAGGGAGAACUGGGAGGAAGUGAAGAAAGCUGCUAUGAGGGCACCUCAGCCAGAGGUCCGGCGAUACGUUCUGCCCAUGGACGUCCACAAGGUAAGCGUUGUGCCCUUAAUCUUGUCAUUUCUGGAGUAGGGAGUUAUCACUGCUUUGAUGUUAUCCUCUCAGGAUAGAGGACUAUAUCACUGAAGUCUUUCCUAUUACUUGAACUUGCAGGAGGAACAGGGGAAGAAUCUGAUAUCCCUUCCGUACACCACAGCCACUGCAGUGAUGCGCAGCGAUGGAACCAUCUGGCUAGAGCCUGAGGUUCUGUUUUCUGGACCACGACAAGGUAACCCACACACAGCUUGUUUCAUUAAACCUUAAGAGCUCACCUAUUCUUAUAGCAUCUAAUGCCACUAAAUAUCUGUUCAUCUGUCAUAUCAUCAGUCAUAAGAUUUUCCUCAUUCGAUUGAAUCAGUCAUUUGAAUUCCUUUAUUAUUGCAGCUUUCGAGUUCCCUCAGAUAAACUACAGUAAGUUCUCUGGGAAGAACUACAGCUAUGCCUAUGGACUGGGCCUGAACCACUUCAUCCCUGACAGGGUGAGUAUAGCACGCAGACGGGAACGCUGGUGGUACAUUACCCAAGUCUGAUGAUUAGGUUUAUGAUUAGACUAACCUGCUAGUACAGUCAUUCAGGGAGUGAGUUUUUGAUUGUGUCCUGCUCUAGAUCUGCAAACUGAACGUGAAGACCAAGGACACGUGGGUGUGGCAGGAGCCAGACUCUUACCCCUCAGAGCCCAUUUUUGUGCAGACCCCAGACUCUGUGGAGGAAGAUGACGGUAAACAGGGGGAUUUUAGGGGAUUCUAUAAUAACAUGACAGACAGGUGGCACAAUCUGUGGUCUUUAACAUUAACUGAUCAGAUAGCAUGACUUACCUAAGCAGGAUCCACCUUAGUGUGAUGUAAAAUGCUGACAUACCAAUAGUAUACAACUUGAGGUGUGAUACGAGUGUAGGUAGGAGGAUUCUCUUGCACACUCCUGUUUUUGUGGUUGUGACACUGCUCUUUUCCCGUUUCCUAGGGGUGUUGUUGAGCAUCGUGGUGAACCCUGGAGCAGACCAGAGGCCAGGGUACCUCCUCAUCCUCAAUGCCAGAGACCUGACAGAGAUCGCACGGGCUGAGGUGGAGGUCAUUAUCCCUGUCACCUUCCAUGGAAUGUAUAAGCCUUAGGACUACUUUCUCAACACAUCUACAAUACCACUCCACAGGACAAAGGGACAAUCAUAAUACUAAAACCUUUGUUGGGAAUAUACUUUAAGACAUCUAGUUAUA